CCCCCUUAUAAGCAGUGCCUUUUAAAAAAGAAUAAACGCCAGCAGCAAGGGAAGCAGGACUACGGUAUAGAAUAUUUGCGGCCCUGUAUAGUAUUAUAUAAUAAGGGUAGCCCGGAUGCUGAGGCUAUUAGAGCUAUAUUUAUAAAGGAUUUAAGAUUAAGGCCGGAUGCUAUUAUUAUUGCGGGCACGUUAUUAGAGAUUAUUAGAGUGCGGAGGAUAGUUAGAGAAAUAUAUAGGGUGGUGUCGGACCACCGGAAUAGUAUUAUAAUUUGGAUUAAUAUAGAACCUAAGCCCGUAUCUAGCAAACUAAAGAGCUAUUAG